AUGUCGAUAGGGGUACCAAUUAAGGUACUUCAUGAAGCUGAAGGCCACAUAGUUACUUGUGAAACGAUUACCGGGGAAGUUUAUAGAGGGAAACUCAUAGAAGCCGAAGAUAAUAUGAACUGUCAAAUGGUUACUUGUUCGGUGACCUAUAGAGAUGGUAAAGUGUCUCAGUUAGAAAAUGUUUAUAUUAGGGGAUCCAAAAUUAGGUUUUUGAUAUUACCAGACAUGUUAAAAAAUGCACCUAUGUUUAAAAGAGUUCAAAAAGGUUCUGGAGGAGCCGGUCGAGGAAAGUCUGCUAUAUUGCGCGCCCAGGCUGCAAGAGGGAGAGGAAGAGGUGCAGGAGCUACACCUAGUCAAAGAGGAGGGCGUACAUGGGUUGGAACUGGAACAGGAACUCAAAGGAAAACUUGA